UUGUGGAAAAUGAGUUAUAAUGUUGAUGCAUUCAGUGAGGAAUGAGGAUGCAUUGAUGGUGCUCAUCUCCACUUCUCUAUGAUGACAUUCACUAUCACUAGGCUGAAAGCAAAAACACAAUCGCUUUAAAGUCAUGAUGAUUGGAUAAGUUUGGUGAUUGGCGGAUGACAAGUGUUUUCAGAAUAUGUAAUGUGUUUUUCUAACCUUUUUUUUGGUAAAAAAUGUUUUUCUAACCUUUUUUUUUUGGUAAAAAACGUUUUUCUAACUUUGUUAUUGGCAAAAACAAAAACAAAAAAUGUAUAUGGUAUUUAGAUUAGGGGUUAUUGGUUGUUGUAUUUUUAUGGAUUUGAAAAUCCGAAUUAAAUCUAGUGUUAUUGGUUCUAUGAUUUUCAAAUCUGUAUUAAAAUCAUGUGUUAUUGGUUUAAUGAUUCACAAAUUCUAUAUCAAAUCAAAUGUUAUUCAAUCGUACGGAUUUACUAAUAUAUUUGAUUUUAUAAUGGAUUUGAAUGGAUUUGCUUGGAUUUUUCUGUUAAAAAUACAAAAACUCAAAUCUGGAGAUCCGAGGGAAAAUCUCUGAAUUUGUAUAUUUUACUUGGAUUUAUAAAUACUAUAUGGAUUUCUAAAUCAAUCAAAAUAUAUAAACCAAUAACACCUUAUUAUAUAUUUGCUGACAAGGGAGACAAAACCUAAUUUUUCGACCAACCAUCAUGUUACGUAUUAGUUUUACCUUUACACUUGAAGUUCUAAAGAUUCUUUUAAUAAAAGUUCUGAUGAUUUUAUAUUAUUGAAUUUUUUGUAAGAAGAUUUGAUAUUUAUGCAUAUACAAGCGACACAUUCUUUAUAUGAAAUAAAAAAACAAGCGACGCAUUCAUUGUAUUCCGAACUUACUACGGUCAACGUGCAGAAAUAGUCAAAUUCUAUACAAAUACUUCGUACCAUUUUUUUUUGAAUAAACUAUGGAAAUUUGAUUUCUUGUAACAUUUAAAAACUUGAAAUAACUUUUGAGAAAUAAAUUUGAUGGUACUUGACUACUUUUUUUCUGCUCAAAUAAAAUUGAUGGUACUUGACUACUUUUUUUUGGUCACAUAAAAUUGAUGGUAUUUGACUACUUGAUUAAAUACUAACCUUUCCUCCAAAAUGAUUUUUUUGAGCCGAUACCAUGAGCCCUAAAAUCUAAGUUUCUUUUUCUCUCGGCCCAUUUAGCUGCAAACCGAAAAUGAGAGAGAUCAUUCUGAAGCUAAAGGUCACAGCUUCAACAACAUUCCAGAUGGGAAUAAAUUGAGAUAUGAGCCUAUCCAUCUCCCAUCAAUAGAGGUCUGAAAACGACGUGGACACACGUCAGAGAAAUCUCUACUACAACUCUGAUGACUCAUCAAAUCCUAUUUUUCUUACUGCAAGCUCUUUGUAUUUUCUUUUUAUUCUUAUCAGAACCGGUCCAUUUAUGAUUCUCACGAUUACUAUUAUCUCUUAACAAAAAGAUUGUCACAAAAGAUAUGUUGAAGAUAAGAGAGGGAAAAAGAAAAGACAAAAGAUUACGUAAGCAGUAAGGUACUUAGGUAAGACAGUUACUUAAACACAGGAAGAUAAAACGACAGAACAUGUGAAGAUUCUUUAAAAGUUAAAACCUGUCGGAAAAGCUAAAGAUGCUGGAAGGGAAAGCAAAGGUGGAAGACACAGAUAUGCCAGUGAAGAUGCAAAUGAAAGCAUUGAACAUUGCUUCUCAAUCUCUCGAUCUUUUUGAUGUAUCUGAUUGUCAACCUAUCGCUGCUCACAUCAAGAAGGAGUUUGAUGAGAGAUAUGGAAGUGGUUGGCAAUGCGUGGUGGGAUCAAACUUUGGGUGUUUCUUCACACAUUCUAAAGGAACUUUCAUCUAUUUCCAUUUGGGAACCCUCAACUUCCUCAUCUUCAAAGGAGCCACUCUUUAGUUUCUUAAUAACACCCAUGUUUGUUUUUGUGUAGGAAGCUGGGUUAUUUUUUUGUUCUCUCUUUUCAUGUUUUUAAAAUUGAUAUGUUUUUCCAAUAAAUUGUGAGAUCAUAUGUAUCUGUAUAAUAUGAAUUUUGUGAUUAGUCAAGAAAAGUAUAAACAUAUUAAAACGA